AUGUCCUAAGUGAUAUUUUAAUAAAAUGAGAUUGCCUAUCUAAGACUAAUAGAUGAAUUUAAUACUGCUUAUUAAUAGUAUUCUCUAACCUAAUCUAAAGUGGGUACAUUAGAAAAAUUGAAAACAAAAUUACAAUAAGCAGAAUAGAAAGUAUUGAUAGUUAUCUAUGAUCUAAGUUAAAAUUUAUGUAAAUAGAAUUCAAAUCAUGUGAAUCUACAUUAAAGGCAGAAUUAACACCAAAAAUGAAAUAACAUUAAAUGAGUUAUGUAAAUUGUUAAUAGAAACUAAAUUCAAUUGAAUAAUAAUAAAAAUCUUAAGAAUAGACUUAACCAUCAUUUAAUUUGGAUAGUAGGAGGAGAAUAGAAAAUAAUACUAAUUAAUUAGAUUAAUAAACUAAUCAAUUAGAUAAUUACAAUAAAACAUUAAUAAAUACUGUUGAAUUAUAGGAUGGAAUAAUGGAGGAUCUAAAGAAAUAAAAAGAGAAAUUAUUGAUUGCUCAUGAAGAUGUAUUAUAUCAUAAGUUGAAUUAUAAAGACAAAUAUUAUUCGUUCUGAUGUUAAAGAGACUGGAAGAUAUGUGAGAUUGAUGUAGAAUAGAGAACUUUUUAGUAAAGUGAUAAAAUUGGGAUUAAUAGGAGUCAUGACACUUGGGAAUAUACUUUUGAUAUACUAUAAAAUAUGAUUAAUU